AUGGGUAAAAUUUUGGUGGUUGGGUUGUGCUGUCUGGACGUCGUGAAUUAUGUGCAAAAGUUCCCGAAAGAGGACUCGGACACGCGCGUCUUCGAAAUGGAGACGGUUCUGGGUGGGAAUGCGGCAAAUAAUUGCACUGUCCUCGGGCAAUUCGACGCGGAAGCGACGGUUUUGUGCGCGGCGCUGCCAAACAACGACCCGAUGUUGGAGAAGUAAGUUGUUGCAAGUUUUCACACCACUUGUUAUCCAAAAAUCGCCAAGACAUAAGCUCUUAGUCUGUCGGGAAAAUAAUGAGCACUCUGUCGCAUCGCAGUGAUAUAUUUCGAUGCACAAAGCGAAAGCCAAAAAACGAUGACAGGAACUGUGAAAAAUGAGUUUUUUGUGCACGUUGUGGACAGCGACAAAACGUCCAUGAACUUUAUGAAAAUACGUACUAAUAUAGUAUAUAAUUAGAAGAUGUAAAUUCAGACGCAAAGCGUUACUUUGGACACAACGUGCUUUCUAUGCCGGGCAAAUCAGCAAUUCGCACAGGUUAAAAAACAGGUCCGAAAUCGAGGUGCCUCUGUUUGUCAUUCAAAAAAACAAUGUUAAUAAACCGAUAUGGACAUGAAAUUAUAAGGCCUAGGAGAGAAAAUCACGUAGAAUUUAAUAAUAUGAAAAUAAUUUUGCUGCAUUUAAAAAUUUUCGCGUCAGGACCCAACGAAAAACGUUUCCAUUUUUUACCGCACCCUGUAUAAUGAACAAAGCUAAAACUAGACCUUCCAGUUUGUCGGGAAAAUAAUGAGCACACUGUCGCGUCGGAAAUCGCAUCACCGCGGAGAAAAAGAAUUGUAUCGCGAAAAAAUUAAUUUGCUUUUCAUUUUGCAGCGACAUUAUUUUCCCGACAGACCGGGAGAAAGGGUCGGCUAUGUCUGUCGGGAAAAUAAUGAGGAUUUGUCGCAGCAAUUUCACGCCUCGUCGCAGUCGCGCACCAAACCCCCAGCUUGCCGUCGCAUAGCGAUGAUGGGCGAUUACAAGUCGCGACAACUCGCCGAUAUUUUCCCGACAGACUGAUACAAAACAAAAAAUUUUCAGACUAAUUUCUGAGUACCAUUUGAACGUGAUUCGAAUAAAUCGGGAGAAAAAUCGAGUUCCGAUUUCAACUUGUAUCGUCAACUUGAGUAAUGGGACUCGGACAAUUCUUCAUUUUCGCGGGGAUAUCGGCGAAAUCACCGCCAAAGAAUUUGAGGAGAAAUUUACGGACCUAUCGGAGUAUUCUUGGAUCCAUUUUGAAGGUAAGAGCAACCUCGUAUUUUACUUUUUUUUUUUUCUUUGAAAAAUCCAAAAAUUUUCCAGGUCGAAAUUUCGAUGAAUUAGACAAAAUCAUCGAGUAUUGCAAGGCCAAAAUCGACAAAAAUCGCUGUAAAAUUAGUGUCGAGUUGGAGAAAAUCCGCGACUUUGACUGGUACACGAAAAUCAUCCCUUUGGCUGACGUCAUUUUCAUUUCCAAGGACUUUUCUCGCAAUCUCGGAUUCAAUUCCAUGAAUGAAGCCAUCAAUGGGUUUGUGGAGCGAUUCCGUUUACAGCAGACAACAGUCAUUGUUCCGUGGGGAGAAGAGGUAAAGUUUUGUAAAAAUUUGAAUAGUUUCAGUGAUGAAAGUCAGGAUUUUUUUCUAAAAUGAAUUUAGAUGCUAUUUACAGUAUUUUGAAACCAUUUUCGAGUCAUUUCGAUACUUUAUAAACUACAAAAUUUUGAAAAAUUAGGUUAAGUCAUGGAUAAUAUAAAUUUGUUCUCAGAACUUUCUUAAAAAAACAAAGCCAGAGUGAAUUUGAUAUAAAUCGACUGAUUUUGAUCUAAUUUUGGCAUUCAGAGCUCAUUUUUGGCAUUUUUCGAACACUAAAACACAAUGCCAAAUUUGGCGGGAAUUCAAAUUUUUUGACUUGUAAAAGCUCAAAAUAGGUCUCAACCCCAAAAAAGGCAAUAUACACUGAUCACAUUCACUUUUAAACUUCUUUGGGACCUAUUUAGACGUUUUAAAUCAAAAUUAGCUCAAAUCAUCAUGAAUAAUAUAAAUUUGAUCGCACAACUUUUUUAUAAGCCACAAUCCAAGUAAAUUUGAAAUUUAUCAACUGUUUAUAUUCCAAUUUUUGUAUUUACCGCUCAUUUUGGCCAUUUUUCGACCACUAAAACACAAUGCCAAAUUUGGCGGGAAUUCAAAUUUUUAAGCUUUUAAAAUCCCAAAAUUGAUAUAAAUUUAAUUUUUAUAACCUAAAUUUUCCAUUUAUCGCUCAGUUUUGACAUUUUCCAACUACUAAAACACAAUGCCAAAUUUGGCGAGAAUUCAAAUUUUUGAGCGCUAAAGGCCUCAAAACUUCCAUUAAACUUCAAAUAGAGCUAUCAAAAGCCCAUCUCACUUAUUUUCAGGGUGCUUCAGCGCGAAUUGCCUCGUCUCCGAGCAUUUUCUUCGAGCCCGCCUUCAAACCCGAGAAGCUGGUGGACACACUUGGAGCCGGCGAUUCCUUCAUCGGCUCGGCUUUGUAUUUCCUCAACAACCGGAAUUCGCUUCAAAAUGUCCUCAAGAACGCUGUAAAAGUUGCGGGGACGAAAUGCGGUCAACGGGGUCUGAGGAAUUUGAGUUUGGAUAUUAUUCAUGACCAAUAA